AACUGGCGCAAACAUUUGUAUAUCUUUUUGAAGCAUUUUUUUCAGAGGUUGACAGUUUCUACAUAUCCAAUCAUAGUUGGUAAACUCAAAAUGACCACAACUCAUAUUGAAGUGACAUUGGAGCAAAUGCUGCAAUUGGCUUUGGGCACACCGAAAAUUUCGAGUAUCAAUCUAUCGAUUCUGCAUAGCUUUUUCGAUAUACUGCUGAAAAAACUCGACUGUCAAUACGAAAAGAUGCAAUUAGAUGGUCUGGAUGGUGCGUGUUUGCAAUCAAUUUUACACAAGAGCAGAAUAUCACCAUUGCCAUUUAAAGUUGAGAAAAUCGAAGUGAUUUCGGACAAAUUGAAAAAGUUGGCACGCUUGAAAGAACGGCAACUGAAGUUUGCAGAUCAGCUAGAACAACAUAUUGAGUAUGUCCAUAAGUGCAAUUCCAAGCGUCAGGAGGCGUCUGCAAGUAGGAAUUGGGAGGAGUAUAGCGGACCGUGUGAGACGUUUUGCGAAAUGCUCGAGCCGUCAAAUGAAUUAUUUUGCAAACUUCUAAAUGAUUCUAAUUUCAUAAAGAAGUGUAAGCAAAUUAUUGAGGAGCCCCUCAUCGGGCCAAUUAUUGAUAUGAGAAAACGUGUAGAGGUGAUGCACGUCGACUUAUUGGAUUAUCAACGCCGUUACGCGGAGAAAUGUGAGCGUUUGGCUUAUAUAGAAGCGUUGGCCAAAGAAAUCGAAAAAUUUACUGAAGUUAUUGUCAUCGAAAAGCAAUCAUUCAUGCGUGCCAUGGCAGAGCUGCAAGACAUGAUCGAUGGAAAGAUGGACAAAGUGGUUUUGCCUGCACUCAGAAAGUACAUAGAAAAUGAGACGGAAAAAAUUCGCAAUGUUUGGAAGAUACUAAGCAAAUCUUCAAGUUGUCCAAAGUCAGAAGAACUCUCAGUCAAAAGUGGGACAUGUUUGUCAUGUACAGGCAAACUUACCUGCACGCAACGACCUAUAUUAAUUGCUUCAGAGCGAAGGUGUGAUGCAGAGGAAAACAAAAAGCGCAAAAGUGCUCAAACUGGGGGACGAUGUUUUACGAGAUCAGAAGAGAAGAAACAAUUAGAUGAGCUGAAACGCAUAGAGGAAGCCAAGAUCAGUAAAGAAAUGAGCAAAUCAUGCAACUUGAUUUCCGAUCACUUGGAGGUAUUUCAGGGUACUAAUGGUAUAUAUUACCGCAAGGCAUAAAAGGGUUGAGCAAACAAUAUUUUGGACAUACUAGACAUGAAUUUACACCUUUUUAAGUAAUGAGAAAAAUUAUU